AAUGAACACUUUCUAUCACAUUUACCAACAAAUAGUUGAGCACACCGAGUAUGUCAUUGCAUGAUUAGGUCUAGUGAAAACUAUAAUCAAGGCUUAGUAUAGCGUCGGUUUUCCGCAAGUUUAGUACUCAGCACAGUUACGGUUUAAUAAUCGUUUAUUACAAGCAAUUAAAGCGCAAAAGGGGAAAUAAAAUAAAUAUACAAAAAAAUGUGGACCACAAAAUAUGCAAUUGCGUUGCUGCUAGCCGUAUUUAUCUGUGAAAUAACGGCACAUCGUUGGAUGUCGUAUGAAGUACCAUCAAAUAAUGCUUGUCGCACCCCACUCGGCGAUUGGGGUAUGUGUGUCUCAUUGAAAUACUGCCAGGAGGUAUUGACACUAUAUCAACAACUGAAUAUGAACCAAGCGACACGGUACUCGAAGGCUCUGCGCAAUAUCUGCUAUAAUCGCCUAACUCCUGACAAUUAUCCGAUCCUUUGCUGCACUCGCCCGACCUUCGAAGACGCAAAUCAGAGCGAUAAUCAAAUUAUUCCCACUACGCCCGUAUCCACGUCAGCAAAUGCGACAACACAAAGAGCUACAACAACAACAUCCACAGUAUCGCCAGAAAUUAACGAUGAUCGUUCCACGUCGGAUGGCGUCAACUCACCACCGGAAACCUGCCGCGUUCCACACGAUGGCAGUCAGGGCAGCUGCAAGCCUUUACAAAACUGCGACGCUUUGCUAAAACGAGCGAAACAAAAUCCCACCGACACCGAGUUCCGUAAACAGUUAGAGCUCUCCAAUGCGAUCUGUUACAGCAUCGGCACGAAUGUUUGCUGUCCGUUAGAGCAGCGCAAAGCAAUUACACGUUCCAAUGACGUGUCUUGGCAUUUGCCGACGGAAGAUGAAGGUUGUGGAAUCACAUCCCUAUCGUCGUUGAAAGUGGUGGGCGGUGGUGAUAGCAGUAUAGGCGCUUGGCCAUGGAUGGCCUUGGUCGGGUAUGAUCGUUAUAGUUUGUCACCUUUUCGUUGUGGUGGUUCGUUGAUAACAGCGCGACACGUGCUGACUGCAGCUCAUUGUAUUUUAAGAGAUUUAUCGUUUGUACGUUUAGGCGAGUACGAUUUGAGCACUGAAACGGAAACGAAGCACGUGGACAUUGAUGUCGUGAAGUCAGUACGACAUCCUGAUUUCGGUGGCCACGAUCGACGCUACGACAUUGCAAUCUUAUAUUUGGAGAAAAAUGUAGAUUUCACAGAUUACAUAUGCCCCAUAUGUCUGCCCGCUUCCGCGCAACUACGAAGUAAAUCAUAUGUGGGUUAUCAUCCGUUCGUGGCUGGUUGGGGACGUUUGAUGGAAGGUGGACGUUCGUCAAAUAUUUUGCAAGAACUUCAAAUCGAAGUUAUGGACAAUUCUGUAUGCCGACAAUCCUAUCAAGCUAACAAUAGGCUUUACUCCAAUCAGCAGUUCGACCAAACGGUAGUGUGUGCCGGAGAUUUGGGUGGCGGACGUGAUACGUGUGGCGGUGAUUCCGGUGGACCGCUAAUGGUGGCAGAGCCAUAUAAAGGCGUCACCCGCUUCUAUGCACUCGGUGUGGUUUCAUACGGCAUCGGUUGUGGACGCAUUGGUGUACCAGGCGUUUACACGAAUACGCAAAGUUAUAUAGACUGGAUAUUGGAACGUCUAGCGGACACAAAAGAUCACAUAAAAACAAAAAGAACUCACCUAAGAUUGAAGUUGUCGCAGCUAUGCUGGCUCCUUAGGCCAAGAUGCUGCCUCAGCUUGAAGAAUAAGUUGCUAAUUUUUAAAUCUUUUCUGACUCAUCAAAGCUGUAACUCAGAAAAAACAAGAACAAAUGUUAACUUCGGCUGCAACGAAGCUAAUAUACCCUUUACAGCCCAGUACAACUGCGUGAUACCAGAGAACUAUUAUGGCUACUGCGUGCUAUUACAAUAUUGUCCACAAAUAGCGAACGUUUUCAAUAUACGCAAUCGCAAUCAAGCCGAACGCUAUGUUAUAGCUUCACAACGCUCGUGUGGAACACGAAAUGUCAAUGGUGAUCCAGUUGUUUGUUGUUCACGACCAGUAAAUUCAGAACCACAACCGCAGCCACAGCCGCAGCCACGACCACAACCACAGCCUCAGAUACGACCGCAACCAUUGCCACAGCCAAGACCGCAACCGCAAUCGCUACCACAACCUGAACCACAAACACGUCCACAGUCUUCCACUGAAAGUCUAACGAAUCCGUUCCUGCCACAAACUACGUCUUCACCAAACAUAAUUCAACCGAGACCACCGCCAAACCAAGGUCAACUUUUUAUCUCAACGGCGCGUCCCAUAACAGCGCCCAUUCUAAGCCCCACGACAGCACCCGUAGAAAUCGGUGAGCCUUUGACAGGCGAUUCUUGUGUGGAUCCGAAGCAGAGGCGCGGUGUUUGUGUUGCCAUUGCCAAGUGCAGCCAACUGGUUACAGAGCUUUACGCCAAGUCGAAUGAUCCCGAGUUUGCCGACUUCCUGCGUGCUUCGAAUCGCAAUUGUGGUGGCGUUGCAUCCGUGGCAUGUUGUCCGAUCAGCUAUAAUGUUAUUACGGAUCCGACAGUCAACAGCGAUGACAUACCCACACGACCACCUACGUUGGAGGAGGGUUGCGGCUACACGCACAACAACUACAAGAAAAUUGUUGGCGGCAAAGUGAGUAAGAAGGGCGCUUGGCCAUGGGCUGUGCUCUUGGCAUAUAACGUCUCAGAGAGUUCACCAUUCAAGUGUGGUGGCACCUUGGUGACGGCACGACACAUCGUCACAGCGGCGCAUUGCAUACGUGAUGAUCUCGCCUAUGUACGUUUGGGCGAACACGACCUGAGCACCGACACAGAAACACGCCACGAAGAUGUCAACAUUGUACGGAAAGAAGCCCAUCCACAGUACAAUAGGCGCAAUGGCAAGAACGAUGUGGCAGUACUGUGGCUCGAGCGCAACGUACAAUUCAGAGAGACGAUUUCACCGAUUUGCCUGCCCACCGCAACGGAGAUACGUCGAAAGUCCUAUGUCAGAUACAGACCCUUUGUCGUGGGCUGGGGCAAGACUAUGGAGGGUGGCAUCUCGUCGAAUGUCUUGCAGGAAUUGCAAAUACCAAUCUUCAAGAAUGAUGUCUGUGAACGUAGUUAUAAGAACAUCAAUCGUCUGGUGUCUGAUGACCAAUUCGAUGAUGGUGUGCUGUGCGCAGGCGAGCUAUCAGGCGGUAAGGAUACGUGCCAAGGUGACUCUGGCGGUCCACUGAUGAUGCCGGAACCUUACAACAAUAAUGUGCGCUUUUACCUGAUCGGUGUGGUCUCGUAUGGCGUGGGUUGUGCGCGUCCCGAAGUGCCCGGCGUUUACUCCAGUGUGCAGCACUAUGUCGACUGGAUAUUGGAGAAGAUAGCCGAUACACCUUGAGAUUCCUUUUUUAAUUUAUGCUUAAAAUACAUACUUUUAAUACUUAAUACACAACCAAGUGCUCAAGUUUUUUAACGUUUAUAAAGUGAUAUAAUUUCCUUUUUAAUAAAAAAUAAUUACGAAAAUGAAAUGAAAA